AAAACAAGUGUGAAAACAAAUUGCAAAUUCUAAGAAAAAACAAACGAAAAAAUUGUUGAAAAACAAAGCUAAAAAAAAGAUUCAAAUAAAAAAAAAAGGUAGCUGAAAAAUCAGCGACAAACUCAAACAGAGGACGCUACAGUGAGCGACAAAAUGCAACGCACGCAGUCGCCGCUGUCGACGCUGCUGCUGACGCUGCUGCUGCUGCUGGCGUCAGCGCAAGCGCAAGCACAGGCGCAGGCGCAGAAUAUAGAUGGAGCUUGCAGCUUUCCGGGCUCGCCGGCGCACAGCAGCGUCGUCUUCUCGAGCGCAAAUCUAACACAGGGCACCGUCGCCUCCUACAGCUGUGAGCGGGGCUUCGAGCUGCUCGGACCGGCCAGACGGGUGUGCGAUAAGGGGCAAUGGGUGCCAGAGGGCAUACCAUUCUGUGUUCUCAAUGUGGCUGCUGGCAAGGCACCUAUGCAAAUAUCCACCGAUGGAGCUGGCGCACCACAGAAGGCCAUCGAUGGCUCCACCUCCGCAUUUUUCACGCCGGACACGUGCUCUCUGACGAAACCGGAACGGUCGCCAUGGUGGUACGUCAAUCUGCUAGAGCCCUACAUGGUACAGCUGGUGCGUCUGGACUUUGGUAAAUCCUGCUGCGGCAACAAGCCAGCCACAAUUGUGGUGCGUGUGGGCAACAAUCGUCCGGAUUUGGGCACAAAUCCGAUUUGCAAUCGUUUUACGGGUCUGCUCGAGGCCGGACAACCGCUCUUCCUGCCCUGUAAUCCACCGAUGCCGGGUGCCUUUGUCAGUGUGCAUCUGGAGAACAAUACACCCAAUCCGUUGUCCAUUUGCGAGGCAUUCGUGUACACGGAUCAAGCCUUGCCCAUCGAACGUUGUCCCACAUUCCGGGAUCAGCCUCCCGGUGCCUUGGCCUCCUACAAUGGCAAAUGUUAUAUUUUCUAUAAUCGACAACCUUUGAAUUUCCUGGAUGCCCUGAGCUUUUGCCGCUCCCGUGGCGGCACCUUGAUCAGCGAGAGUAAUCCAGCCCUGCAGGGCUUCAUCAGCUGGGAACUGUGGCGUCGUCAUCGCAGCGAUGUCAGCUCACAGUAUUGGAUGGGUGCGGUACGAGAUGGCGCCGAUCGCAGCAGCUGGAAGUGGGUCAAUGGUGACGAGCUGACCGUCUCCUUCUGGAAUCAUCCGGGCGGCGAUGAGGACUGUGCCCGCUUCGAUGGCUCCAAGGGCUGGCUCUGGAGCGACACCAACUGCAACACGCUGCUCAACUUCAUCUGCCAGCAUCAGCCAAAGACCUGUGGUCGUCCCGAGCAGCCGCCCAACUCGACAAUGAUUGCCCUCAAUGGCUAUGAGGUUGGCGCCCAGAUCAAAUACAGCUGCGAUGCAAAUCAUCUGCUCGUCGGUCCUGCCACACGCACCUGCCUCGAAACGGGAUUCUACAACGAGUUUCCACCUGUCUGCAAAUAUAUCGAAUGUGGCUUGCCAGCCAGCAUCGCCCAUGGAUCCUAUGGCCUCCUCAAUGGCACCGUCGGCUACCUGAGCCUGGUGAAAUAUGCCUGCGACGAGGGAUACGAGAUGAUUGGACGUGCCCUGCUCACCUGUGACUUUGAUGAGCGCUGGAAUGGACCGCCGCCACGUUGCGAGAUUGUCGAGUGCGAUACACUGCCGGGCAAUUAUUACAACACCAUCAUAAGUGCUCCCAAUGGCACCUACUACGGCUCCAAGGCGGAGAUCAGCUGUCCGCCCGGUUACCGCAUGGAGGGACCUCGUGUGCUCAGCUGCCUGGCCACCGGACAGUGGAGCAGCGCCUUGCCACGUUGCAUCAAACUGGAGCCAUCCACCCUGGCCACCUCAGCGGCACCACCGCCACCACCGCCACCGCCAUCCACAGCAGCUGCACCACGUCCCAAGCUCACACCGAGCACAAGUCGCACGCCCGCUUAUCGUCCCUCCAGCAGCAGCAGCACCAGCACCACAUCCACAUCCAGCACCUCGGUCAGCUAUCCACAUCCCAGCAUCCACACACCCCAAGUGGAGAUCAAUGGCGAAGCUGAUUCCGAGGAGGAGAUCAUCAAUGUGCCUGUUCCCGGCACUGUGCGCGAGGAGUUCCCACCCCGUCGCACUGUGCGUCCCGUGCUCAUCCCCAAGAAGCCGAGCAGCACUCCGGCCACAAGCAGCAGCAGCAGCAGCUCAUCCACCAGCACCACACAAUAUGGGGCGGGUCCAGUAUCGACCUAUGCACCGAUACCAGCGAGAACACGGCCCACAUUGGAGACAACGACGAGGAAUACACAGCAGAUUAUACUCAACUCGCAUCCGCAGGAUAAUGAGAUCGCGGACAGUGUCAACAUUCGACAGAAUCAAUCGCCCAAUGUCAAUGUUCCGUUUGCCGUCGAUAAUCCCGAUCGCAAGGAGACCAAGGAGGCCAAACUCAAUCUGGGCGCCAUUGUGGCUCUGGGUGCUUUUGGUGGCUUCGUUUUCCUUGCCGCCGUCAUUACCACCAUUGUCAUCCUGGUCAGAAGCACCCCGAACAGCAAACGGCGGCACCUUGCUAAACAUUUUACCAAUUACCAUCAACAUCAUCAUCAUCAACAACACCACCAGCAGCAGCAACAUCAUCAGCAGCAGCAACAGCAACAGCAGCAACAGCAGCAACAACAGCAGCGACAGCGACAACGUCAGGAGAAACGUCAGCGACAACAGCAACACCGUGUUGCACCACCGCCAGUUGCACCACCAAAGGCCCGAUUGCCCAGCUAUGCCACCGCAACGGCCACAAGUGCCACCAGCUUUGCCUCAACCGCCCAACUGACACGUUGCAGUGGCAAGAACAGCACCAGAGCUGGCGGUGGUGCAGGUGGUGCAAGUGGUGCAGGUGGUGCUAUGGCUGGUGCUAUGGCUAAUUAUCAUCUGCGACUUUUUGGCGAUGGUUAUGGCAGCAUUGGUUCAAGUACACGCUGUGAGGCAGCACCCUCCUUGUGGUACAGUGUGCUCGCAUUGCCGUUUGAUGAUCAAAAGCUGGCCAGAAGAGAGCUGAGCACCUAUGGCAGAGGCUACAGAGCGAGAGCGGGACUCUUCAGCAGCACGCACAUAAACCGCACGACGCAACAUUAUCGACAUCGCGCCUCGCCCGAUUGCAACACUGUCGCCAGCUUUGACAGCUCCACUUCCGGUUCGCGCAAUGGCCUCAACAGAUAUUAUCGCCAGGCUUGGGAGAAUCUCCAUGAAUCUGCCUCAAAGAACAGCUCUCACAACGCCUUGCGUCGCAAGGAGACUCUCGAUCCUCCGAGCAUGACGCGCUCUCGUGACAAUCUCAGAGACAACAUGCAACGCUCUCGCGAGAAUCUCGACAGAUGUGGUCGUGAUAAUUAUGGGAUGCGCGACAACUCGGAGAUGGUCGUGUCGGAUGUCUGUCUGAAGGGGGAGAAGAAGCGUCAUCAUCAUCAUCAUCACAAGAGCAGCUCACGCAAUGGUGAUUAUCGUGAUCGGGAUCAAUCCGCCGGCAGACGUGAUCAUCACAGGCACAGUGGUGGCGAAAGAGGAGGAGGUGGUGGUGCUAAUGGUGGUGGUGUCGGUGGUAUCGGCGGUGGCGGACACUAUUGACCAACCAUGAUCAUAACCAUUAGUGUGGAGCAAUAGCAGCAAAUUUAACAGUCGCAGUCGCAGCGCAGCAGCAGCGCAGUCGCAGUCGCAGCCUGGAAAACGCACAACGAAACUCUUUUUUGUUUAAAUUUAAGUGUGGUAUUUUUUUUUUGUAAUAACAUUUUUUUUGUAUUUGUGGGCAGCGCUUUUAGUUUAGUUAAAAAAAAAAACUUUCUGUUCAUAGCGAAAAAUGAGAAAAACAAAUAGGAGUAGAAAGAGAGGCAAAAUGUGAAAAGCUAAGCAAUACUUUAAAGUUGAAACAUUUGCAAGUCAAUAGCAGCGCUACCAUAGCUAAGUAUAUCGUAUCGUAUAUCGUAAUCCCAUUUCAUCUAUUCUUGUCUUGUCUAUUUAUUCUUCAAGAUUUUAGUUAAAAAACUCUUUUAUGAAUUAGUUGUAAAAAGAAAAAAACAAACAAAAAAUUUUAUGUGUGAAAAAAGGGGCGAAAGCGAGGCGUGGCGGUUUAUUGUGUUAGUUAUUAGUUGAAAUAUGCAAGCACAGCCUUCACAUAAAUAAUAUAAUAUCCCACUCCAUUAAAAACCUCUCCAAUUCCUCCCCCAAAAAUCCCUCAGCAAAAAUUAUGUGCAACUUGGUUUAGCUUGACUUAAGACUUAAGCCAAAUCGACUUGUUCAUAGUCGCAAUUAACUUAGUUAUGUAACAUUUUAUGCAAUAUUCAAAUCCCCCUCCCCCUUUCUUACCAGCAACAAUUCAUAGAUCACAAAAGCAGCAAAAAAAAAUUAUAAAUAAUAUUGUAGUACGCGUGCCAUUAACGGCAACAGUUGCAAAAGAAACAAAAAAAAAAACUAU